ACUUAUCUAGGUUAGCUAGUAGCGGGCAGCCCCGAGGACCUGAUUAUCCUUUUUGUUUAUAAUCGAGAAGCUAGAGAUAUUUUAUGAUAUUCUCAGAUGUAAUUUCGAAAUCAUCUCGUGAAUAAAGGGGGAUUAUAAAGUCAAAGCAGAGAGGCGACCAAGCAUAUAUGACAAAAACUACCCUCAGCUCGACACUAAUAACUCCCCUCACAGUAGGUGAGCGACAAGAUCGACGGCAUCUAUAAAUACAGUCCGGAUCACUCAAAGCUCUUCACCAAGGAGUUACUGUUUACGAGCACAUUGAAGAUGGCGUCCCAGACGACGCAAGACGCCCAGCACGAGAGCUUCCGGCAGUAUCUACCAGACUUAAACACUCCACGGUUCCAGGCUAUCGCAGAGAAUGACGCAUAUGGCCAUGCGCAGGAACUGCUAGAGCAUCACCGGCCGCCAUGGCUGUAUGGACUUUACGUGCACUGGCGGAAAUUGUUUCAAGAGCCCUUCAAAGGUGUGACUAGCGAUGGCACCGUCCAACCCAACCUUUUCCAGCUCCGCGACGAAGGCGUGCCCAUCAGCGCCAUCGCCGCCAAUGCUGACGCCAUAAUCUCGCAGCUGAGCCCCGAGCAGACCGCUCGCACGCUCCUGCACAUCGACUCGCCCGAGUGGCGAUCAUGGUCGAACCCCGAGUUCCUCCUCAGCGACAAGGGGAUUCGUCUCGACGAAAUCACCCCUUCGCUGCGCAAAUCCGUCUUCGCUCUUCUGAAGACCACUCUCAGCCCCGAGGGCUACGAGAAAGCGCGCGCGGCCAUGCGCAUCAACCACUUCCUAGGCGAGCUGGUUAACGCGCCCAAGGUCAUGAACGAGCACAGCUACAACUUCGUGCUGUUCGGGGCGCCGGCGACCGAUCGGCCUUGGGGCUUCUCGUUCUACGGACAUCACCUGUGUCUCAGCGUGUUCCUGUACAAGACGCAGAUCGUGGUGUCCCCGUGGUUCAUGGGCGCGGAGCCCAAUGUCAUCGACGCCGGGCCGUUUGAAGGCACGCGCAUACUGCAUGAGGAGGAGCGGCUGGGCUUGGAACUGAUGCAGAGCUUGGGCCCGGACGACAGGCGCCGGGCUACGGUGUACGAGCUCAUGAAGGAUCCGAAAAUGCCGCGCGGGCGCUGGAACCACGACGACCAGCGACAUCUGUGCGGUGCGUAUCGCGACAAUCGCGUGGUGCCGUACGAGGGGAUAAUCGUGGGAACACUGUCGUCCGCGCAGCAGGACCUCGUGCGCGGGAUUCUAUUCCAGUACCUUCUAUACCUACCCCCUCGAUCCCGCGAGCUGAAGAUACAGGAUUGCGCAGAGCGCUUCGGCGAGACGUAUUUCUCGUGGAUCGGGGGGUCUGGCGACGCGGACCCGUUCUACUACCGCAUCCAGAGCCCGGUCGUGCUAGUCGAGUUCGACCACCACUCUGGCGUAUUCUUGAAUAAUGCCGAGCCGGCCAAGUUCCAUAUCCAUACCUUGCUACGGACGCCGAAUGCGGGGGACUAUGGGUUUGCGCUGAGGAGCCAGAUUGGGCCGGCUGUGGAGCAGGGGUAUGUGUGGGAAGAAUAGUCCCUGUUGAUUUUUGUUGUUGUUGUUGUUGUUAUGUGUGGCUUCGUGUAUAUGUUGCCAGCGGAUCAUCCAAGGUAUGGAGUUGGAUGGUGGAAAAGGGGGUGAGUUGGCUAUACCGUAUGCGCUUCACUUCAACAUGCAUACCUACACGAACUUAUAGUAUAAAAAGCGUUGUAGAACCGAAGCCUAGUUGAGGAAUUAUAUAUAAAAGCUCCAAGUUGCUUCUUUUCAGUUGAUUUGGUUCAGAUAUAUUAACAUUAAUAUCAGCAUCAGCUAACUCUAUUAAAAGUCUCUUGAGUCUGAGAUGUCGCAGUUUAACAUACAGUGAGACGCCGGCUAGGUUAGAGCUUAUGAAGUAGGUAGCAUACAUAUUUCCGCUAUCCAAUUUUGAAUAUGCGAGCGCUAUACUAAAUUUGACCUUUCUCUCAUAGUAAUACCUCUAUGUAUAUAUUAACUCGUAUUCCCAUUAUGUAAUUUUCACAAGACAUAACAUACUCCUUAAC